AGAUUAUAUUAAUGAUAAUCUAGUGUAGAUGUUAGAGUGAUGAUGAAAAUAAAAGUAGAAAUGAUAAGUGAUAAAGAAUGUGGAUUUAAAAUGAAAAUAGUAAUUGUGAGUAUAUUAAUUUUAAUAGGAUUUUUAAUUCUUUAAUGAGCGAGGUAAACAUGGAUGAAGAGACUGAAAAGAAACUUAAUGAAAUUUUUCAUUCAAUUAAAUUAGAGUAUGAUUAAAGUUAAGAAGCACUAAAAAUGAUAAAAAAAACAAAUGAUUUGGUAGGAUAGGUAAGACAUUGUUAAUCUCUAUCUACCCUAUUUUAUCAUGCCAAAAAUUUGGAAAACUCAUAUAAGGCAUUUAAGUCUAUAAAAAUCAACAAUCUAAAUAUCAACUUAAACUCUGAUAUAGUAAUAUAUACAAAGGAUGAUGGUUAAUGUGUUGCAAAAAUCAUAGAAAUAAUAGGUGUAAUGAGAUUUUAAUAAUACACUCCUAUUAUAAGAGUUUAAUGGUAUUAUAGUAAGAACAACUUAAAGUAGAUAAUUGGAAAAUACUUAGACUGCAUAGGAGAGAAAGAAUUGUUCUUAUCUGAUUAAUAUGAUUUUAUAUAGCCAGAUACAAUUAUAUCUUUAGCAGAAGUAUUAGAUUUAAAAGAUUUUGAUAAAAAGAAUAUUGAGAAAGAUUUUACUUUUUUUAGUAGGUAAUCUUUUGAUAAUAUUUACUUAGAUCAUUUUAUAAGAAUAAAUAAAUAAUCCCACCUAUUUAGAAAUGGGAUAAACAAUGUUUAUGUAAUUUACCUAUGAAUCCAGAUUAAAAAUACAUCUAAUGUGAUAUUUGUUAAAAAUAGUAUCAUUAGUAAUGUUUAGGAAUGAAAUAAAUCUAAUAUUUUGUGUAUGUGUGUUUAAAGUGUAAAAAACAAAAGUGA